CCAUGUAGACCUGUCUUAGCAUGACGUGUACGUGAGUUCAUAGCAGUCGUUACUUUGCGGCUUUUAAAAACUGUUUUUGGACCUCUCGAACAGUUUGACGCUGUGUUCCCCUGUAACUACUGUUUUGAAAGUUUCAUUUCGUCGUCUGUUGGAUUCUACGCGUUUAGCGUGUGCUCGAAAAUGGUGUUAAUGACGAUGAUAGCUCGUGUAGCAGACGGUCUUCCUUUAGCAGCAACAAUGCAAGAAGAUGAACAGUCUGGACGAAGCAUCUUAGACUACCAAAAUCAGGCUAAAAUGUUAUUUCGUAAAUUGGGACCUAACAGUCCUGUGCGCUGCUCAUUUGAAACUGGUCCAUACUUCUUCCAUUAUUUAAUUGAGUUGGGAGUGUGCUAUCUUGUUUUAUGUGAACAGAACUAUUCCAAACGACUAGCAUUUUCCUAUUUGGAAGAUCUAGCCCAAGAAUUUCACUCUCAGUAUGGAAAGAGAGUCAACUCUGUCAGCAGACCGUAUUCUUUCAUUGAAUUUGAUACUUACAUCCAAAAAUCUAAGAAGACCUUCACAGAUUCCCGGGCCAGAAGGAACCUUACAUCCCUUAAUUCAGAACUACAUGAUGUUCAAAAAAUUAUGGUGAAGAACAUUGAUGAUGUGCUGCAAAGAGGCACAGUUCUGUCAGAACUUGACACAAAAGCUCAGAACCUUUCCAUUCUUUCCCAGAAAUAUAAAAAAGAUGCUACAUAUCUCAAUACCAAGUCAAUGUAUGUGAAAGCAGCUGCUGGUUGCAUUGUUGUUGUUGUCUUUUUGCUGUAUUUCUGGGUUCUCUGAAGAGAUUUGUUGAGCGUACUUCAAAGCAAGCUCUGUAUCUAAAAUCAAGUAUCAAGAUAUGGAAGAUCAUUGAAGAUAAAAUGCAGGGCAACUCCAUUAUUGAGAAUGAAAGUUCAGAUAUGUUGAAUUGAACAUCGUAAACAAAGUUUUUCUUAUAAGCCACCUACUUCAAGGCUUUCAAAGGUUUUGAGGGUGUUUGUUGUGUAUUGUAAUAGUUCUAAUAUGUUUAUCUCAUGUUAGAUGGCAUUUUGUAUAUUUUGUUUAGUAAGGGAAAUCAAUUGUGUAUUGUUGUAUAUUGUACAAACUUUUAUGUAUGGGUAAAAUGUGUGAUGCACUUUGAAGUACUUUGCUACUCUUGUAGUAUUAAAUCAAGAAAAGUAUGAGGCUUCCAAAAACAAAAGAAAAGAUCUUAUGACACCAGCAAGGGACACCAUGUACAGUAACUUAAAUUCAAGAAUGAACUCUAUUGUAAGAUAUAGGGAGCAUAUUGUGGGUUACUAUUUUGUGGCACUGUCUUAGUGGAAGAGCAGGCAAGUGAGUGUAGUUUUUAUUUUACAGAAUAUUUUAUAUUUUACUUUGUAAAACCACACUAGCACAUGACAAUUUGACACUUCUUUUUCUGCUCUCCAUCUUGACAACCCGCAUUUAAUCCAGAGCGCAUUCAUUUUGUGCUAGAAAUGAAGAGAUGGAAGACUGAUGCAGUUUUUAUUUUGAAUACUUUUUUAUUUGUCUUCUGAAAAAUUGUAUGGAAUUGUUAAAUAAUUGUAUCUUGUCCUGUA